CUCGAAGGCGCCUUCGCUCCCAGCUCCAAGGCGCCUUCAGCUGCUUAGAAGGCGCCUCCAGCUACUUAGAAGGCGCCUCCACACCCUCCUACGUGAAGCCUUUGACCAAGGUGCUCAAGGCGCCUUUAGCACUAUGGGAGGCGUUUUGAGCACUGUUCAUCCGAAAUCAAUUUGUGUGUUUCAACUUCUGCAAAACACGUUAGUCCAAAUACACAACGAUACCCUGCGAAACAGAGUUGAUACAAUAAAUAAUAUGGUAAUAAAAUGUUUGAUAGUCUCCAGACUGCCCGAUUUUAAUUUUCGGAUUUCUUGAAAAUCCUAGGUCGAACCAAUAUUUACUGUUUUCUCAACGGGGAAUGUAUCAUCACCUACUCCUCUUAGGAGAAUUAAUCUUUUGCUAGAUCGGUCCUCCAGACUGUAUGGACUUUUGCUCAACGUCUGAGACAUCAAGACUUUCUGUUGGGCGUCCGAUCUUCGAUCCAUCCAGUCUUCCGCCUUGUGUCCACGACCCUCAGGACUUUCACCUAGUGUCUUCGACCCUAGGAUUUUCACCGAGCGUCUUCAAUCCUAGGAUUUCGUCCAACGUCCUCGACCCGCCAAGACUUUGCCCAAUCCCCAGGACCAGGACUUCGUUGUCUAAUCGCAGUUAGGACUUUCCACCUGUAUAACCUCAAUUAGGAUUUUCUUUUACCUAACAUCACUUAGGACUUCCCUGCACACUUAGUUCAAUUUAUUAGAAUAAUAAUAAUCCUUAACUUAUAACACUUUACUAUUAUUAAAAUUUAAAUUUGAUCGUCUGAUGCUUCCUACACUAAGACCCAUCUCUUAAUUUGGAACGUCCUUUUGAUUAUUUUUUUCCAAUGUUUUUUUUUAAAUAAAUAAAUACAAUUUUGAAAAUGUCGAAUUAUUCGGUGCGUAUAAUCGAUCAAAUUUUGAAGGAUCAACGUCGUCAAUCAAUUGAUUAAUACUAGUUGUUAGAUGCCGGCGCCAUCCAACUUCAUCGACGCCGCCCAUCGCUUCCCUCUCCUCUCGCGCCUUCUCCGCACUUCCCGCCUGACGCCCUUGCAGCUCCGGCAGGCCCACGCCUGCAUGCUCAAGACCGGCCUCCACCUCCUCCCCUUCCCCGUCAGCAAGCUCCUCGCCGCCGCAUCCUCCCUCGCCGAACCCGCCUACGCCCGCUCCAUCUUCGACUGCAUCGCCUCCCCCUGCCUUUUCCAUCACACUGCAGUCCUUCGGAGCCUCUCCUCCGCCCCCGGCGCUCGCUCCGUGGUCGACGCCGUCGCCCUCUUCCGCUCCCUCCACGCCUCCCCCGGCCUGGCGCUGAACCAGUUCGCUUUCAUUCCCACCCUCAAGGUUCUCGCCCAAGGCCUCCGCCUCCAGCUCGGGAGGCAGCUCCACGCCCUGGCGCUCAAACUCGGCUUUCUCCUCUACGUCAACGUCAGGAACACCUUGAUCCAUCUCUACUGCCGCUGCGGCCGUGUUUCCGACGACGGACUCUAUCUGUUCGACGAAAUGCCCCUUCGAAAUGACGCCGUCUCCUGGAGCGCGUUGAUGAGUGGAUACCUGCAGCAGUCGGAGCCCGAGAAGGUGGUCGCUUUGUUCCUCGAUAUGCAUCGCUGCUUCUCGGAGAUCAACGCGGCGGCGCUGGUGAACACUUUCUCAGCCUUGGUGGAUUUAUCUUGUUGCUCGGGUGGCGAAACGCUUCACGCCUACUGCGUCAAGUCUAGCUUCGACUCCAACUUGAACGUAGCUACCGCCAUCGCAGACAUGUACGCGAAAUCCAAGCGCAUUGACUCCGCGGCGAAGGUGUUCGACGCAGUGAAGAGAAAAGACUUGGUCUUGUACAAUUGCAUCGUCGCCGGCUACGCCAAAGCCGGAGCCAUCGAAGAAGCCUUCGCGGUAGUCGCAAAGAUGAAGGACGAGGGAAUCAAACCGGCGUCGUCAACAUUCGCCGGUCUGCUCGAAGCCUGCGCGUCGUCCGGCGCACUCAUGGUCGGCCGGCGCAUCCACGAGCGCAUAGAGACCGAGAAGGUGACGCUGGAUGCUGUCCUCGGGACCGCUUUGGUCGAUAUGUACUCGAAGACCGGCUGCCUCGACGAGGCCCUCGAGGUGUUCGCCAAAAUGUCUGAGAGAGACGUCCAAGCCUGGACGGCGAUGAUCAUGGGCCUCGGAGUUAACGGCCGGGCAGAAGAGGCGCUGGAGCUGUUCGGCGAGAUGGAAGCGAGCGGCGCGGAACCCAACGCGGUCACCUUCUUGUCGGUGCUCAGCGCGUGUGGCCAUGGAGGACUGGUGGAGGCAGGGAAGCAAUGCUUGGAGAGAAUGGUGGGGAGAUACGGGCUCGUACCGGGAAAGGAACACUAUGGAUGUUUGAUCGAUCUGUUCGGGCGCGCGGGGAUGUUGGAGGAAGCUUACGAGCUGAUCGAGAGGUUGCCGGUGGUCAGAGGAUGCGCCUUGGCGUGGCAGUCUCUGCUUGCGGGCUGCAGGAUUCAUGGAAACGUGGAGGUUGGAGAAUUGGCGCAGAAGAAUUUGGCGGCGCUGGGCGACGAACACCCGAGCAACGUGAUACUCCUUUCCGGCGCCUACGCGGUGGCAGGGAGACGGGUGGAUGCUACGCUGCUGGAAUCGACGGCAGGGGAGCCGGUGGAGAAAAAGGAAGCUGGGCUCAGCACAAUUGCCAUGGAUUCCUAUUAUUGAAAAGGAAAGUGUUACAAUAUACAUUUUUGAUCAACAUUAAGUGUUAAAAUUAAUUUAUUUAAAUUUAUUUAUUAAAAAUUAAACAAAGUUUAA